GUUAUUUAAUUAGUUGAAUUCAAGAAUUGUGUUAAACUGUUUAAAACAGUAAUUACUGAGGUUUUAGUGAUAGUUUUAAGUGUAGUGAUGUCUGAAUCAGAGAGUGGAAACUCAGAGAAUGGAGAACCUAGAAGGAAGAAAGGAAGAGUGAAUAAAGAAAAACACAUAAAGGAAAAGGAAAAACAUGCCAGGCGACAUGGUAAGGAAUUUGUAACCUCAAAAGGUGUGUUUGUUAAGGCCAAAGUAACUGGACCAGAAUGUGGCUGUAGAAAAAAAUGCAUGGAAUUUAUUACUGAAAACGACCAAAUGAGUAUUAUUGCAAUGCUCUAUGAUGGAAAGCCUAAAAAUGAGCAGGAUACAUUUUUAAUGGCAUGUAUUGAAAACAUGAUGUUGCUAGACAUAGGCCAUUAACUCCACAGUCAAAGAAACAUAACUUUUCAUUUAAAUAUUUUGUAUUAUUGAAUGGUGAGCGUAUUGAAGUUUGUCGAAAGGCUUUUAUUAGCCUUCAUUCCAUUUCUCACAAAGUAGUUUUGAGGUUAACAAAAUUUCUGAUUAGUGGUACAACCCCCGUUGACAUGAGAGGGAAACAUGUAAAUCGUGGAAAUGUUUUGUCACCUGAUGUAUUGAGAAAAAUAGAUGAACAUAUCAACAGUUUCCCAAAAUAUAGUACUCAUUACACUAAAAUGCCUAUUACUUAUUUGGAUGCGACUCUCACUGUGAGGAAAAUGCACGAUAUGUUUCUUGAAAAGCACGAAGACUUGAAAAAUAUAGUUAAGUAUGAGUACUUCUUGAAAUAUUUCAGAGACAACUUUGGAUACAGAUUUGGUAGGCCCCAAGUGGAUGUUUGUUCGACAUGUGAGGAAUUACAGACAAAAAUAAAAUCAAAAACUCUCAACGACAACGCUAAGCGCACAGCAGCAGCGGAGUUUGUAGUACAUAAAAGACGAGCCAAAAAGUUUUUUUCAAAGCUGCAAGAAGUAAAAGAACUUAGUAAAGCUAAACCUGAAGUUAUGGGUAUUGUUUUUGACUUCAUGCAGAACUUACCACUGCCACAUUUGCCCGUUCAAGAAAUGUUCUACUUAAGAAAACUCUGGUAUUACGUUUUUAAAAUUUUUGAUUUAAAAAAUGACACUGCAGUUUUUUACAACUACCCUGAAGGUAUUGCCAAUAAAGGACCUGAUGAAGUAGCCUCAUUUAUACUAAACUAUGUGGAAAACUUCAUCCCUAAUACAGUAACAGAACUUCACGUCUUCAGUGACGCUUGCGGUGGACAAAACCGAAACCACACAUUAUGUAGAGUUCUCACUGCUUUGACGAUGAAUAAUCGAUUUAAAAUCAUUCAUCAGUAUUUCCCAAUAAGAGGCCAUAGCUUCAUGCCAUGUGACCGCACAUUUGCAGUCAUUAAGAGAGCUGUAAGGCGACACGAUCGAAUUUACUCCCCGGACCAGUACAAGGACAUCAUAGAAAGUGCAAAGAAAGAAGUUCCAACGUAUAAAGUUAUUGAAGUUAAAAACGAAGACAUACUUGACUGUAAGAACUGGUGGCCCGAGUUUUUUACUAAGUUACCUAAAAGCCUUGAAAGUAAGACACCAUUUUCUAUCAGCAAAUGCAGGCACUUUACUGUCGAUAGUGAGAGAAAAGGCUAUUUAAAAACUUCUGAGUUUAUCGAUGCUGUGGUUCAUAUGACUUUCAAGUUAAAUAAGCCUAACAUUGUUGAUGUACCCCUACCAACAAACAGAGUCUACAACGGAAAGGUUCCAAUCAAAGAACAAAAGCUUCAGGAUUUGGGAAAACUAAUCAAGUACAUACCACAUGAUUUCUUAACAUUUUAUGAAGAGCGCAGAACUUGGCCUACUGGAGCGGUUGAUGAUGACGCCAAUGAACAUGAAUAAAUUUUAUAACAAUACAAAACUAUGUAAAUUGAAUUUAUAAACUAAUUUCAAGUAAAGCACAACAUUUGUAGUAAU